UUUUGCCAGCCUGGAGGAUGGCAGCUUUCGAAAGAGAGAAAACAGCCAACGUUCUUUGUGGUGGUUUUGACUGACAUAGACUCAGAGAGGCAUUACUGCUCCUGCUUAACUUUCUAUGAAGCAGAGAUUAACCUGCAGGGAACAAAAGAAAUUGAAGGUGAAGAGGAGUCUGGUUUAAUUCCGCCUGCAGAAGUAUUUGCUCCUAAAAGUCUGGUGUUGGUGUCCAGACUAGAUUAUCCAGAAAUUUUCAGGGCUUGCCUUGGUCUGAUCUAUACCGUGUAUGUGGACAGCCUGAACGUGUCACUGGAGACUCUCAUUGCAAAUCUGUGUUCAUGCCUUGUGCCUGCUUCUGGAGGGUCUCAGAAAUUGUUUUCUUUGGGAGCUGGAGACCGGCAACUGAUACAGACACCUCUACAUGAUAGCCUUCCUGUUACAGGCACCAGUGUGGCUCUUCUCUUUCAGCAACUGGGAAUCCAAAAUGUACUCAGCUUAUUCUGUGCCGUGCUUACGGAAAAUAAAGUUCUCUUUCACUCCGCAAGUUUUCAGAGGCUCAGUGAUGCCUGUAGGGCUCUGGAGUCUUUGAUGUUUCCCCUCAAAUAUAG